AUGGCAAUCAGCGAACGGAGAUGGGGAAAUGUUCUACAAGACCUCCUUCUCGUGGCGGCAGCGGUAAGACUUCUCAAAAGCGCCACGCCUUGCGAAAUGAUCUAACGGUGCCGUAGCCCGUAAUAGCAUAUUAUCUCGCUCGUAAACUCCUACAGAAUCUCGACCCGUCGCAAAACGAAAAGGCCGAAGCGCAACAGAAAGCACUUGCUGCGUCACAGCGAUUGCGAAGUAUAUUCUCGAAUCACGAAAGAGAAGAGGAGGAUUUCGCCGAUGAAGAGGACGACGAGGACGAAAAUGGCGAGCGCCCGUAUCGCUCUCGACCGCGCAAAGAGGACUUGACCCUCACGCCGUACGAGCAAACAAUCGCGAUGGAAGUUGUUAGCCCUGGCGAGAUACCCGUAACUUUUGACGACAUCGGCGGCUUGGGCGAGAUAAUCGAGGAGCUCCGGGAAAGCGUGAUAUACCCACUUACGAUGCCACACCUGUACGCCAAUCACUCUAGCCUCCUAACGGCACCGAGCGGUGUGCUACUAUACGGACCUCCUGGCUGCGGAAAGACGAUGCUUGCGAAAGCCCUCGCGCGAGAGAGCGGCGCAUGCUUCAUCAACCUGCAUAUCUCGACGCUCACGGAGAAGUGGUACGGCGACAGCAAUAAGCUUGUCGCAGCCGUCUUCUCCCUCGCCCGGAAGCUUCAGCCCACGAUCGUCUUUAUCGAUGAGAUAGACGCAGUCCUCGGCCAACGCAGAAGCGGCGAGCACGAGGCAAGUGGAAUGGUGAAGGCUGAAUUCAUGACACACUGGGAUGGUCUUGCAUCGGCGACCGUGGACCGGGGAAUGCAGAGAAUAUGUAUACUGGGCGCUACGAACAGAAUACAGGAUAUCGACGAAGCGAUCUUGAGAAGAAUGCCGAAGAAGUUCCCUGUUAGCUUGCCGAACGCGGCGCAGAGAAGGCGGAUCUUCGAGUUGACACUGAGGGACACCAAAGUCGAUCGCGGUGUCUCUAGGAAUGGCAACCCGACAUUCGACUUGGAUGCGCUCGUCAGAGUGAGCGCAGGCAUGAGUGGAUCAGAUAUCAAAGACGCUUGCAGAGACGCUGCUAUGGUUCCGAUCCGGGAGAGCAUCAGACAGGCGAAGGCAACAGGACGCAGUAUGAACCGCGGGAUCGCGAGCGAAGCUGUCCGGGGCUUGCACACAGAUGACUUCUUCGGCCGCAAAGGGGGACCCAUACAGCUGAAAGUUGAAGAGCCCGAGGAUGACCACCAGAGCCAGGGAAGUGGUAGCACGGAAGAAGUGGAAGACUUCAACGACGUCGAAGAAGUUGUUGAUCCACAGAGGAGGUAA